UGACGGUUUGCGCUUUAGUUUUCAGAAUUUGGUUAUUAGUGAAAGUUUCGCGUCGGUAAGAAGAGGUGUUGAAUAAUAUUUUAUUGAAGAUGUGGUAUCUAAUCGUCAACUGGGCCACCCUAAUUUUCCUGGUCCUGCUGCUAGCAAUCAGCUACAUUUACUUCAAAAAAAUCCACAGCUACUGGGAGAACCGGGGAAUCCCUUAUGAAAAACCGGUAUUCCUGGCAGGUAGCCUGUGGGAGGUAUUCAGCGGCAAAAGACAAAUCGGAAAACACCUUGGAGACCUAUACAAGAAAUACACAGAUCCGUAUUUCGGGAUUUACAUUUGCGGCAAACCCUAUUUGGUCCUUCGAAGUCCAGAAAUCAUUAAGCAAAUCACCAUAAGGGAUUUUAGCAAUUUCGAGGAUCGGACUUUUGCUUGCGACAAGGAUGCCGACGAUAUGACAGGGAAUAGUUUGUUCAUAAUCAGGAAUCCGGACUGGAGGAACAUAAGGAACAAACUGAGUAGCAUCUUCACGUCUGGAAAGUUAAGGAACAUGUACCCCUUUAUGACCGAAACGUCACAGGAAAUGGUCAAAUAUUUGGGGAGGCAUGAUAACGAAAUCCUGGAAAUCAAGGAUGUCGCUGGCAGGUACAUGACGGAUCUGGUAGCUAAGUGUUUUUUCGGGAUAGAUAAUAAUUCGUUUGUGGAAAAAGAAGCCAGUGAAUUCCGGAAAGUUUGCAUUAAACUAUUCGAGCUCGAUCUGUACCGAUCGUUUUGUUUGUUUUCGUACUUUUUUGUGCCAAAGUUUGUGACCCUGUUGAAGCUCAAACUGAUGGACACACGGUAUUUGAGGGACGUUUUUCUGGAAACUCUCUCGGUGAGGGAAAAAAGUGGCAUAAAGAGGAACGAUUUCGUUGAUCUGUUGAUCAGUGUCAGAGAUGCUUUCCAAGAAGAUACGAAAAAAGGGAAUUUCGAUACAACUUGUAUGGUGGCACAAGCCAUAACGUUCUUCAUAGCCGGAUUUGAGACUACUAGCAACCUACUUGGUUUCACAUUGUACGAGUUGAGUUUGAGGCCAGAUUGUCAAGAGAAGUUGAGGCAGGAGAUAUUUGAGUUGUUUGGGGAUGAUUGCAGUACACCCAUGUCGUUUGAUAAGAUCCAACAGAUGCAAUAUUUAGAUAUGGUAAUUGCUGAAACCCUAAGACGUUACCCUUUCGGCCCUUUCCUAAACAGAAACUGCAAAGAAGACUACGUCAUCGAACAAACUGGAUUUAAAAUCGAAAAAGGGACUCCAGUGCUGAUCCCUCUGGAUGGCAUCCAUUUCGAUCCCGCCUACUAUAAAGAUCCAGAGUUAUUCGAACCAGAAAGGUUCAGAGAUGGCUAUAAGCAAUUGUACAACUCUUGUGUCUAUAUGCCUUUCGGAUUAGGACCAAGGAACUGCAUUGGUGACCGAUUCGGUCAAAUUUGUGCCAAAGUGGGUCUGGUGCAUUUCCUAAGAAGCUUCCAGGUGGAACGGUGCGAUUUAACUCCGGUCCCUUUGGUGCUAAACCCGAAAUCGCCCUUUAUGACCCCGGUGAACGGAUUACGUUUAAGGGUGAAAAAAUUCUGUAAGGUUUAGUUGAAUAAAUCCAGUGAGUGUUGUUAAGUCA